GACGGCAACCGUGCUUCUUCUUCUUCCUUAGACACCCACUCUGCGCGCGUCUAUACCCAAGCUCUUAGCAGCUAACUCUCUCUGCCCGACUCUUAUUUCGUCUGCCUCUCUCUCCACUUCCACUGUAUUUGUCACUCUCCCCACACACCACGUAAUAAUCAACAACAUUCACAAUGGCUCCUGCUGAGAAGGGCUUCUCCUGGUCCAACAUCGCCGUUGGCGCGACCAUGAACAUGUUCGAGGUCACCACCCUCGGCCAGCCGCUCGAGGUCCUCAAGACACAGAUGGCCGCCAACCGUACCCAGUCUAUGGCGCAGGCGAUCAAGACUGUCUGGUCGCGCGGUGGCAUCAAGGGCUUUUACCAGGGCCUCAUCCCAUGGGCAUGGAUCGAGGCAUCCACUAAGGGAGCAGUCCUCAUCUUCACCUCGUCGGAAAUCGAAAAGUACACGAUCGACAAGCUCGCCGUGUCGCCUGCGGUUGCGGGUAUGCUCGGCGGUAUCGGCGGUGGUGUCGCCCAGGCCUACGCCACUAUGGGCUUCUGCACCUGCAUGAAGACGGUCGAGAUCACCCGCCACAAGCAGAUGGAGUCUGGCGCAAAGCCCGAGUCAACCUUCAAGGUCUUCAUGGACAUUUACAAGCGCGAGGGCAUCAAGGGCAUCAACAAGGGUGUCAACGCCGUCGCCGUCCGCCAGGCCACCAACUGGGGCUCGCGUAUGGGUUUCGCCCGUCUCGGUGAGAGCCUGAUCCGCAAGACCAAGGGCCUCAAGGAGGACGAGAAGCUCUCGGCCUUUGACAAGAUCCUCUCGUCGUCCAUCGGUGGUGCUCUUGCUACCUGGAACCAGCCCAUUGAGGUCGUCCGUGUCGAGAUGCAGUCAGCCAUCAAGAACCCCGACCCCAACGCGCCCACCAAGAAGACGAUUGGCAACACGCUCAAGUACAUCUACGAGAAGAACGGCAUCAAGGGCCUGUACCGUGGUGUCUCGCCCCGUAUCGGCCUCGGCAUCUGGCAGACUGUCUGCAUGGUCUCGUUUGCCGACUACGUCAAGGCAUUCAUUGCCGGCGCCCCUCUCGGCUCGACCGAGGUGCCCAAGCCUCUCAAGUAAAACUGUAAAACAGAGCUUGAUUGUGAGCUCGAAUAGAGAGAAGUGAGACAGACAUAAGGACCUGGAGUUCCACUGCGCGCUCGUCAUAGAGGGAUAUUACAAUGCUGCGUCAUGAGCAACGGCGUGUUAUAGAAUAAGGCAUGGAUGCAAGACGAAUCGGGACAUUG